AUGGCCGCUCCUUCUGCCUCCCCCAUUAUUACUCUCUCCAGCAUCAUAACCGACGCUGUUCUCCUCAGUCCAACCGACUCGGAGACAAUGCUGCAAUUUUCGCCCACCUACGAGCCCUACUCAUAUUACCCUUCCCCGCCAAUGUCCGUGGAGGACUCUCCUAUCCCUCCUCAAGCCAUGCUUCGAGCGAAUCCGCCCAUGGUCGACUCUCAGCACUGUGUAACCACCUCCCAGCUGUUUGACGGCACUUCCUUCCCGCCAGAGCCCGUGUUGCUGCCCCGGCCAAUAAAACGCUCCGCAUCGCCCGAGUUACAGCCACAAAAACGACGAGCGGCCGCAGAGCGUGUCAAUAGCAAGGAUUUCAUUCCUCCCGACGUCAGUGGACUCAGUAAACGAGAAGCUCGUCUCGUUAAGAAUCGAGCGGCGGCUUUCCUCAGUCGUCAACGCAAACGGGAGGAGUUUGAACUAAUGGAAGUUCGUGUUGCUGAACUUGAGCAAGAAAACGCUCGUCUCUUGGCAUUCGCUUCAGGAACAGGGCCUUCAAUCAAACCAGAGUCGACUGACGCUGCUCUGGUCAGCGAGAUUGAAGUUCUUCGUGCCCAACUUCAUGCAGCCCAAGAACGAGAGCGGGAGCUAAACGCCGAGCUAAAGGCAAAGAGCGGUUCUUGUGACGUCCCCCAAGUAAAAAUGGAGCCUUAUGAACCUUCCAUUAUCCUGUCCUCACCUUCUCCACGCAACCUGUCUCCACAUAAAUCGGCUGCAAGCUUGGGACUAAUGCAGGUUCUACUUUGCGCACUGCCGUCGUUGCUCUCGGCUUCUACAAAUUCUCACUCGGCAAUGCCAAUGUCCUUUUCCUUCCCGCAAAGUCACCCAGCCUCGUCCUCCUCCACAUUUGAUUUUCACUCGGCUCUGCCAAACGACUUUGAUUGGUCGGGAAGUCUGAUGGAUACAUCUGACAAGCGCCGACUGACCGAUGUCGCUCCGACAACGACAACCGCAACACACAAGCUUGCAUUUGCAGAUACGGACUCGGGUGUUUUGGCCGGCCUGGGCGGGCUUGACAUUUCGUUUGAUGCUUCUCCGUCAGAGGACGGCAAAAUUCGCGUACGAAUCCACCCGUCCACUUCGGUAUCUUCAAGACCUCCUUCUCCCUCGGCCAGCUAUGUUACCAAACAGGAUAGUCCCCUCGGCAAUUGGUUUGGAUCCCAACCAGAAUCUAGCGAGAGCUAUAGUGACCCGUUCCUGGGAGUUGGUGGUGGUUAUGGCUCCCCUCAUUCGUCGCCCGCGUUCAUCUACAACCAAGAAGACCUGACACCUCCUUCCGCCGACUACAGCGAUUACUCGUCUGACUUUGGCGUGCCCUCAGAGUACUCAGUGGGUGAUGCUUCGACUGGCGGAAAACGGCGGGUACGGAUCGCCCUGAAAAGUAUGCCUGCUUCUGACAAUGAAUGUGGCGAAUGGGAGGUCGAGUUCUGCUGA